AUGGCGACGAAUGGUUCGACCAAGUUACGUCUGCUUAUCACAUUAGGAGUCGUUGGCUUGUUCGGAAUUAUUACCUUUGCUCUUGUUGCAGCUAUUCUUGGUACUCUGAACAAACGAUUAGGUGCUGUUGAUGGUAAAUUAUUAGCAAUAGCAGCUAGAUCGUUGGCUACAUUGUCAACCGUAAUCACAACGACACCAAAUCAUAACCUAUCACUUGUCACGUCUAUCAAUGUGACUGAUGUUUUAAAGCAUCUUCAUGAAUUGCAAAGUAUUGCUGAUCGUGCCAACGGCACUCGAGCUAUAAAUACGCGUGGUUUCAACGAAACACUACAGUAUAUUAAAUAUACUCUCUCUCGUAAAACUAAUUUCACAAUAAUCGAAGACAGUUUUCCAGUCAGAGAUUUUGCUCUCAAUAGUGAACCAGUUUUUAUAUCGUCAGUCAAUGGCACUAUCAAGACCUAUACUUUCUCAUUAGAUCUCACUGAAGCUGAUUUUCUAUAUGCCAAGUAUUCUACCGGUUCAAAUAUAACGGAUAUUAACUAUGUAAGCGUUAUACCUAAUGGCGGAUGCAACGAAACAGACUGGCGAAACGUUACUCCUGGACGAAUAGCUCUCAUAAAAAAAGAAGGUGACUGUUCAUCUCGACAGCGAAUUUCUCGUGCUAUUAAAUACAAUGCUACUGGAAUUCUCUUUUAUAACAACGGUAGAUCGUCGGAUGAUUUAGCGCCGAUCAAAAUUACACUCAGCCAGGAUAACAUUUUACCAGUCCUAUUUCUUUCACACAAAGUUGGCCAAGAUCUAGUUGAUGCAAUUUUGAAUCAGCCGUCAAAUGUCACUGUUCAGUUAGGUAUUGACGUAAAAAGUCUACCGGCCUUUCCCGUUGGAAACAUAUGUGCACAUACAUCGAGCGGGAAUGCUACUCAGACGAUUCUGGUUGGAAGUCAUGCUGAUAGUGUGCCCGAAGGUCCUGGUAUCAAUGAUAAUGGCAGUGGUGUUGCCGCAAAUCUCGCUUUGGCCAUCGCACUUGCUGAACUUUAUAACACAACUGUUUACCCAAAAUACAAAUAUCGUAUUCGAUUCUGUUGGUGGGGCGCGGAAGAAGUUGGUUAUCUCGGAUCCAGUUAUCAUGUCAGAAAAGCUAAAAAUGCCACAGCUGCAGGUGAACGUCUCGUAGACUAUCUUAUCAAUCUUAAUUAUGAUAUGAUUGCUUCACCUAACUUCAUUUUUGGUGUCUAUCAUAAUCAAACAGCAAGAAAGGGAAUUCCAAGCAAAGCGAUACACGGCAUUGACAAAGUCAGUGACCUCUUUCGUGAAUGGUUCGAUGCACAAAAUCUACCGUGGACUGCUACGAAUUUGGAUGGGCGGACUGAUUAUAGGCCAUUUUUAGCUGAAGGUAUCGUUGUCGGAGGAUUAUUCUCAGGUGCCGAAGACGUCAAAACUGUAGAGGAACGCAAUCGUUAUGAUCAUUUUCUUGGUCAAGGAAUGGGUGGACUUGCUGAUAGUGUUUGCGACCCGUGUUAUCAUAAAGCAUGUGAUUCAGUCCAAAAUGUCAAUAUAUUUGCUUUAGACAAGAUGGUACAUGCUGCAGCUUACGUUCUGGAAAAGUUAGGUGAAGAAUCUGAUUUACAAGGAUGGCUUUAUCCAAACUAG